CUACUACCAUUCUUGAUCCAUUAGCGCUACGCUGUAGAAACCAACCAAGUGUACAACUUGCCGUAACGCUAGUUACGUACGAUAAACCACUAGUUCAGUGAUUCUGCCGGUUAUCUGCGUGUUGCGGGUUGCUUGGCUGAAAGGCGGUUGUGCUGUAGGCUUGGGCGUGGAGAUGGCGGCACGUAGGAUCACACAAGAGACCUUCGAUGCGGUGGUCAAGGAAAAUGUCGACGAGUUCGAAAUGGACCCCGACGAAGCCCUGAACGAGGCCGUACAGCAGUUCGAGUCCCAAGGCGUGGACCUCAGCAACAUUGUGAAAGAAGUACCGACAGCGGCAACAGAUGAGACGAAGGACGAACAAACGCAUGAAGUGCUGCAGGCUCUAGAAGCCCUGCAGAGCUCAGCGAGCUUGUCGUGCGCAGGUGGUCACCUGGAGCGUUUCACGGAGCAGUGUAAGAAGGGCUUCGCCCAGCGCCACCUGGCCGCCCAGAAAGACGCGUAUCCCACAAUCCUCUCCUGCUGCAAAAGGGCGGGGGAGGAUCGAGAGGCGCUGCUGGCGGCCCUGUCCGCGCUGGCGGCCCUGACGGACGGGCAGCCCGACCUCCUGGACGCGGCGGGGCGGGACUUCCUGUUGGGGGUCCUGGGGGCGUGGCGGGAGGACGCGGCGGUGACGUGCGCGUGCGCGCGGGCGGUGCGCCACUUCUGCCUGAAGCACGAGCAGAACCGGCAGGACCUGGCGAAGGCCGGCGUCCUGGGCCUGCUCACCGACGCCGUGGCGCGGCUCGGCGGGAACGUCGACGUGGUGCGGGAGGCCUGCGCCGCGCUCCGCGUCAUGACCUUCGACGACGACGUCCGGGUGCCCUUCGGCCUCGCCCACGACCACGCCAAGAUCAUCGUGGAGCACGGCGGGCUGAAGGUCCUCAUGGAGGCGGCGAGAGCUCACCCGAAUAACACGGGUGUCCUGAGCGAGCUGUGUGGCACCCUGUCCCGUCUGGCUGUGAGGAACGAGUUCUGCCAGGACAUCGUCGAGCUGGGGGGGCUGAAGUUCAUGAUGACCCUCCUGGCCGACAGCUUGGAUCACCAGGAGCUGGUGAAGCAGGUGCUCGGCGCUCUGCGGGCCAUCGCGGGAAACGAUGACGUGAAGGACGCCAUCGUGAAGGCUGGAGGGACCGAGCUUAUCGUCAUGGCGAUGAACAGGCACAUGUCCAAUCCACAGGUGUGUGAGCAGGGCUGUGCUGCCAUGAGUGUCCUGGCUCUGCGCAAACCCAACAACUGCCAGGUGAUCAUGGACACUGGAGGGGCUCUGGCUGCCCUGCAGGCCAUGAAGGCCCACCCAGGAGAUGCCAACGUGCAGAGGCAGUCCUGCAUGCUGUUGCGGAACCUGGUGGCGCGCACGGAGACGUUCAGCCAGCCCAUCCUGGAUAUGGGGGCGGAGGCCCUGAUUCGCCGGGUGCUGGCUGCGCACCGGGACUGCGGGGACGUGGGGCGCGCUGCGCUGCGGGACCUGGGCUGCCCGGUGGAGCUGCGCGAGCUGUGGACGGGCAAGAAGGGCAGCCUGACCAACUGAGACCCCGCCCCCUGCCCGCCGGACCCCGCCCCCUACCUGCCUGAC